UCACUUUCGUUGUUUUGGUAACAAUAUUCUAGCUAUUAGGCAGCGACGGGCGUGCAUGGCGUAGCAUAGGUACGUGAGGCUGAGGCAGAGAGAAAGAAGGAGAUGACGACGAUGGAGGAAGAGAGAGACGUGUCAUCGGAUGAGUUAUCAGAGGAGAAAUAUGACCCAGUGGAGGAGAUCCAAAGAGUCAUCCAAUCCAUAGUUCAAUUCGGCGAGUACCGGAGGACACAGAGGAAGGAGAGCCACAACCUCGUGCGCCGUUUCAAGCUCAUGUUGCCUCUCUGGGAAGAGCUUCGUGACCUCCCACAACCCUUCCCAGAAAUCGGCGUCACUUGGUUAUCCAAAGUCAAGGAUGUGCUUUUGUUCGCCAAGGAUUUGUUGAAACUAUGUAGCCAAGGAAGCAAGAUCCACCUCGCUUUGGAAACCGAGGUAGUUAUGAUCACGUUUCAGAAAGUGUAUGACAAAUUAAGCCAAGCGUUUGGUGAUGUGCCUUGUGAUGAAAUGGGUAUCUCAGAUGAAGUCAAGGAACAACUUGAGCUAAUGCACGUGCAACUCAAGCGAGCCAGGAGAAGAACUGAUACACAGGACAUAGAACUUGCAAUGGAUAUGAUGGUUGUGUUUUCUGAUAAUGAUGACAGAAAUGCUGAUAGUGCUAUCAUUGAGAGGCUGGCUAAAAAGCUGGAGCUUCAUAGUGUUGAGGAUCUCAAUAUAGAAACAUUGGCUAUUAGGAACCUUGCUGCAGAAAGAAAAGGGCAACAGGCUGAGAGCACCCAGAAAAUAAUUUACCUUCUUAACAAAUUCAAACGAAUUGCAGGCAUGGAAGAAACCGGCAUCCUUGAUGAUCCUGCCGCACCCAAGAUGCUUGAGAGGUGCACCUCUUUGGUCAUCCCUCAUGAGUUUCUCUGCCCAAUUACACUAGAAAUCAUGACAGAUCCUGUCAUUGUAACAAGUGGACAGACAUAUGAAAGGGAAAGCAUAAAGAAGUGGUUCCAAUCCAACCAUAACACAUGCCCAAAGACCAGGCAACCUUUGGAACACUUGUCAUUGGCACCAAACCGUGCCUUGAAAAGCUUGAUUGAAGAAUGGUGUGAGAACAACAACUUCAAACUUCCUAAAAAAUACAAUUCUUCAGGUCCAGAAAGCUGUCCUAUAGACAGCAAAGAGGAAAUUCCAGCUUUGGUUGAGAGCCUGUCAUCUAUUCAUUUAGAAGAGCAGAGAAAAGCAGUGGAGAAGAUACGUAUGCUAUCAAAGGAAAAUCCCGAGAACAGAGUUUUGGUUGCUGAACAUGGAGGAAUACCACCUCUAGUGCAACUUUUGUCCUAUCCAGAUUCAAAAAUACAAGAACAUGCAGUAACAGCACUUUUGAAUUUAUCAAUUGAUGAGGGUAACAAGAGUCUUAUAUCCACAGAAGGUGCCAUUCCAGCUAUCAUAGAAGUUUUGGAGAAUGGUAGUUGUGUGGCUAAGGAGAACUCAGCCGCAGCUUUAUUCAGCUUGUCAAUGCUUGAUGAGAUUAAAGAGAUUGUUGGUCAAUCAAAUGGGUACCCGCCUUUGGUGGAUUUGUUGAGGAAUGGAACAAUUAGAGGGAAGAAAGAUGCUGUGACAGCUCUUUUUAACUUAUCUAUCAACCAUGCAAAUAAAGGUAGGGCCAUUAGAGCUGGCAUUGUGACACCCUUGCUUCAAUUGCUCAAGGACAGAAACUUGGGCAUGAUUGAUGAGGCUCUCUCCAUUUUGUUACUCCUUGUAUCAAAUUCAGAAGCAAGACAAGAGAUUGGACAACUUAGUUUUAUUGAAACCCUUGUUGAGUUCAUGAGAGAAGGGAGUCCAAAGAACAAGGAAUGUGCAGCAUCUGUUCUUCUUGAGUUGUGCUCAAGUAACUCAUCCUUUACAUUGGCAGCACUUCAGUUUGGAGUGUAUGAGUAUUUAAUGGAGAUAAAACAAAAUGGAACAAAUAGAGCACAGAGGAAAGCAAAUGCAAUCUUAGAUCUCAUUAGCAGGAGCGAGCAAAUUUAAUCUUGCUUUCUCCAAUGUAGGUAUAACUG